AUGGCGUUUGAGUUUCUCCAAACAGAGAGCAAGGAGGUUGCUGUUUCUGAUGAUCACAACAAGCAAGGAGAGCGUUAUAACUGGAGUCCGGGUACGACAACAGCACAGUACGAAAAAAUUCUCUCCACCAGAAACGACUUACACAUGGAGGGCUCUUUUAGUGCUUUUGCCCAGGCGGGCCCUGCCGCUGAGACCACAAAAUUUAGAAGCGGCGGCGCCGGUGUGGUGGCCAUGAGCCAAUAG